CCCCCUAGUCUCCAGCCAAGCUGUCCUUAAACUGUGCCCCUCCUGAGUGCUGAGCUCCCACGGCUGGGAAUCUGGCUGCACCGGGCUCUCCCCGGGCCGCCCAAGCACCACUGAUCAAACAGGCCAGUCAAUCGAUCGGCUGGACAGAGGCAUUUCGGAGGCAGCUGAGAGCAGGGUGGAGUUUCCAUGUUAGAGCCCUAAGAGCAGGAGUGGGCUUUACCAGAGGAUAGCACCAUGGUGAGGAACGUUGAUGACUUCGAUUUCUCCCUCCCAUCCCAUCCCCAGGCCAUCCUGGAAGGCCUGUGGAGCCUGCGCUCCAAUCCGAAGCUCUCCGACGUCACGCUGCUUGUGGGUGGGCAUGAGUUCCCCUGCCACCGCAGCAUCCUGGCCCUCUGCAGCCACUACUUCAAUGCCAUGUUCACUGGCGACUUUAUUGAGAGCAUCUCAGCCCACGUGGAGAUCAAAGAGGUGGAUCCUGCUGUCAUGGAGACUCUGAUCGACUUUGCUUACACAGGAAAGAUCACCAUCAACCAGGGGAAUGUGGAGGCUCUAAUCCGCACCUCCAACCAGCUCCACUUCCCCACCAUCCAGAAAGUCUGCAGCCGCUACCUGAGACAGCAGAUGGAUGCAACCAACUGCCUGGGCAUCUGUGAGUUUGGGGAGAACCAUGGCUGCCCGGAGGUGUCCUCAAAGGCCUGGGCUUUCCUGCAGGAGAACUUUGAGGCUGUAUCACACCAGGAGGAGUUUCUCCAGCUAUCCAAGGAGAGGCUAGUAGUCUACUUGUCCGAUGACCUGCUGCAGGUACAGGAAGAACAGAGCCUAGCUGAGGCUGUGCUUAGGUGGGUGAGGUACGAAGAAGCAUCUAGAGCCAAGCACCUGCCAGAGCUCCUAGACCUGGUGCACCUGGUUUCACUACCAGACCAGUACCUGCAGAACCUACUCUCAUUGGAGCCACUGAUCCAGGAUUCAGAAGCUUGCAAAGCCGUCAUCUCCAGCUACCGAAGCACGGAGGAAGCUGCAUUGAAGAUGAAAGGAACAUGUCUGAACAUGCAGGAUCUUCAGGUGGAAAACAGGUCCUUUGUCCAGAAGAGCCUGCUCGCCCUUCCACAGAAGCUGGAGGAAGUGCUGGUGGUGGUCGCGGGUCGAGCUCUGGAAGAGAACGAGGCAGAAGAUGUGGAGUUGCCAGUCUCCCGGAACUUCGCCUUUUACAAUCCCAAGACCAAAAGAUGGAUGGCUCUUCCUGACUUUCCAGACUACAAUAAAUGGGGCUUUUCUCUGGUGGCACUAAAUAAUUAUGUUUAUGUCACAGGUGGCUCCAGGGGGACGCAGAAUGACACCUGGUCCACAACCCAGUCCUGGUGCUUCCGUCUCAAGGAGGGUGCAUGGAAACCCAUUGCACCAAUGCUGAAACCCCGAACAAACCAUGCCAGUGCUGUCCUCAAUGGAGAGAUCUAUGCCAUUGGGGGGACCACAGUGGACACAGUGGAGGUGGAGAGCUAUGACCCUUACAAUAAUAGCUGGUGCUCCAUCAGCCCUGCCCUGAAGUAUGUUAGCAACUUCACUGCAACUGGAUGUCUGGGCAAGCUCUAUCUCAUUGGCUCUUGUGCUGUCAAGUACAACGCACUAACCCUGCAGUGUUACAACCCCGUCAUAGAUGUGUGGAGUGUAAUCGCAUCCCCGUUCAUCCCGAAGUACCUCUCUGCCCCGCGCUGCGCCUCCCUGCAUGGAGCAAUUUACCUCAUUGGGGACAACACAAAGAAGGUGUAUGUGUAUGAUCCGAAUGCUAACAUCUGGCAGAAGGUGCAGCUGCUUCACACUCUGCAUGAAAACGGAGGCAUGGUGCCACUGGGAGGCAAACUCUUUGUGACAGGUGGACGCUGGAAGGGCCUGGAUGGUGACUACCGGGUGGAGAUGGAAGUUUAUGAUUGUGCCAAAGAUAUAUGGACAAGGGAGGGAGCCCUGCCCUGCCUCUGGCUCUACCACAGCUCUUCCUCCAUCUUCAUGGAUACGUCAAAGUGGACAGAGCCCUUCCUGGGAAACCAUGUCCAGUAGGAGAGGCGGGGACCCUUACCCAGGGCUUGAAUGGUCCUGCCCAGGAUUUGGAAGGGCAAAGUGAUGGUUUAUUUGUUUGAAUUAUCACCAUUUUUGCAUGUAUUUUUGCCUUCACGUUUCAUAUGGACCUUGGAUUAGAGCAGUGGUCACCAACCAGUAGAUUGCGAUUGACUGGUCGAUCCUGGAGCCUCUGACAGUUGAUCGUGAUCUCUGGCCGGUAAAAGUCCGGCAGUGCAGCAGGGCUAAGGCAGGCUCCCUGCCUGCCCGGACCGCGGCCCCGUGC